CUUUCAGAAGAAAUGGAGACAGAGAAGAAUAUAGAGAGUUGCAGCUUCACAGGAUUCAAAGCAAAUGAACUUACUCAACUGCCCAGACAUUUGGAUGCUGAACGAAUUUAUCUUUUUAUUUUAAAAACCCAUAACUUUGAUAAAAGAGUUUUUAAAACCUGGAAGACUCAUUUUCUCUCAGAAGCAUCCAUUGCUCUUUUGCAUGACUGCUUUUGGUGGUGGUUUCUCCAUAAGUUUAAGCCUGAUAGAGAAAAUCAAGAUUGCUUAUUUGAUAGAAUUUCAGAAAGUUAUGUGACACUUUUCAUGAGCAUACCUCUAAGGCGAAAGGAUGCAUUCUUUCAGGUAUAUCCUGAUUGUUUGGCACAAGCUAUCUAUGCAACAUUCCAGGAAGCAUUUCCAGAAUCCAGUAAACUUUUUAAUGAUGAAUUUAAAGAAGAUCUAGGGAAUAAUAUUUUUCUUUGGUUGUCAG